UUAGGCAAAAUAAUGCCAGUGAUUCUGCAGAGUAAACCUGUCAGGUCUCUUGGAAGACAAACUUUGCUGUCUGACUGACUAUCAGAAAACGCCUGCAAGGUAACAAUGGCAGGUGAAGACUGCGUAAGAAAGCGCCAAUCUGGCUCUACUACAACCUGUAAGACCCCUGAGAAUGAAGAAAAGCAGAGGAGACGUGAGAAUGAGAGGUCAUUUCAAAACUCAAGCAAUGGCUGGGUUGAUGUUGACCAUGUGAUAACAAGGAAAAUGCAGCUAAUAGCAGAAGCUGAGCAAUUGAAGCCAGUUUUCAUGAAGGAGGUAGACAGUCACUUCACAGAGUUUGUGAACAGUUUAGUGGCAAAGUCAGCACUCUUGGAUUCCUCAUCUUCAGCCUCCCUCUUCCCGGCUUCCUGCUCAGAGAAGGAACUGUACAAAGCCAAGACCUUGAGGGCCCCUCCAGAACAUGGGAAGAUCUUUACUGCCAGAAGGUCCUUAUUGGAUGAGCUGUUUGAAGUGAGUCACAUCAGGACAAUCUACCACAUGUUCAUUGCUCUUCUCAUAGUCUUCAUCCUCAGCACACUUCUAGUAGACUUCAUUGAUGAAGGAAGGCUGGUCCUAGGAUUUGAUCUCUUGGUCUUUGUUUUUGGAAAGUUUCCAGUUGUCUUCUGUACUUGGCUGUGCAUGUUCUGUGCCACCGUUAUCGUUCCAUACAACCUUUUUGCCUGGUGGGCCCAAGGCUACGGCAGUUCCUCCCAUCGUGUAAUCCACUCAUUCUUCUAUGGGAUGUUGUUCACACUCUUCCAAACAGCUGGGCUUGGAUUUGGACCAACCUAUGUUGCUAUAUCAUAUGCCCUGCCUCCAGCUUCCCGUUUUAUUGUAAUACUGGAACAGGUUCGUCUAGUUAUGAAGGCUCAUUCAUUCAUCCGGGAGAAUGUCCCCAGAGUCCUGUCCUCUGUAAAGGACAAAUCAGGCACAGUACCUAUUCCGAGAAUUUCUCAAUACCUGUACUUCCUCUUUGCUCCCACCCUCAUCUACAGAGACAGCUAUCCCAGGAAUCCCACGACAAGAUGGAGCUAUGUUGCUACCAAGUUUGCACAGGUGCUUGGAUCACUUUUCUAUGCCUACUACAUCUUCGUGAGACUCUGCAUUCCUCAGUUCCGUAACAGCAGUCAAGAAACCUUCAAUCUUCGAGGGCUGGUCCUCUGCAUUUUCAAUUCCAUUCUGCCAGGGGUUCUGAUUCUCUUCCUGGUUUUCUUUGCCUUUCUUCACUGUUGGCUCAACGCGUUUGCUGAGAUGAUGCGCUUUGCAGACAGGAUGUUCUACAAGGACUGGUGGAACUCCACUUCCUAUGCAAACUACUACCGAACCUGGAACGUGGUAGUACACGACUGGCUUUAUUACUAUGCCUACAGGGACUUUCUUUGGUUUUUUGGUAAGAAGUUCAAGGCAGCAGCUAUGCUGUCUGUCUUCACAGUGUCAGCUGCUGUGCAUGAAUAUGUUCUGAGCAUCUGCUUCGGCUUCUUCUAUCCAGUUCUCUUUUGCUUGUUCAUGUGCUUUGGAAUGCUCUUCAACUUCAUCCUUAAUGACCGUCGGAAAGGGCCCAUCUGGAACGUGAUCAUGUGGACUUCCCUCUUCCUGGGCCAAGGUGUCAUCAUCUGCCUCUACAGCCAGGAGUGGUAUGCCCGCCAGUACUGCCCUACAGAAAAUCCCACGUUCCUGGACUACUUAAAACCACGCUCGUGGUCAUGUCAUAUGAAGAUGUAG